AUGGCGGUCGUCGUGGAACAAACAAUCCCUUUCGCAAGAGAGCAACUUGAUGUCGAGAACACUGCAAGAUGGAACACACUAUACCCGUUGAUCCGGCCUUCCAUCAAGGCUGUCAAGACCGCCGGAGGUCAGACAGUGCUGGUAGACCAGACACUCGCCAACGACAAAUUUGUCAGAGUUGUAGUGGUUGGAAAAGCUGGCAACUUCUCAAGCAGACUGCUCUCGGACAAGCACAUCACCGCUGUUGUUACCGACAGUGCAAGCGGCAGCGAACCUUCGAGCAAGGACCUUGCUCAUGCGGUCAACGAAGCUGGACACCGCCAACACGCUGGCAUAGUCAUCCUCAGAUCCGGAAAGCAGAAGAAGUUGACAACACUUGAAAAUGAGUUGGUAGAGGUCGAGCUCAAGGAGGACUUGGAGGUGGAUCAUCUGAUUCACCUCUUAGGUGCUGCGACAGAGCCGACGAGAUCAUCAAUCGAAAAGACGCGCGAAGUCCUGCAAAAGUUUCUCGAAUCCUCUACGACGGUUACGUCGACCUUCCAGACUGGAAAGGAAGAUGGUCGACCGGCUGUAUCGCAUGCCGACGGAGAGGCUGAUGGUUACGAAGAAGCAAGACAUGCUAUCGCAAAGGCACUAGACAGUGUCUUGCGCCCACACCUCAAUCAAAAAGACGGCAUCACACAUUCUAUUCACUACUCAGACAUCAAUGGCUUGUCACGCUUGGAGAACUAUAUCCUUGGGCUGGAGAUCGCCACCUACCUCAGAAACGCAGGGUUGUCUUACCGCUUGUCCACUUCAACACUUUUGCAACACAAAGAUCUCGCCAGAGGAUUUUCAAUCUCGGCCUGUCCGGUUCCCACGCAUAAUCUGGAAGCUCAACCUGAACCAACAAAUCCACUGGCCGACGAAGCUACGGAAGGCAGCAAUCUGACCAAAGUCGAUUCGCGAUACAUGAAGUUCAACGACAACGCAGUCCGUAGCCGCAUCGAAAAUGGUUGUGAUGCAGUAAUCAAGGAGGAACCGACCAUCACCCGAUACGAUGAAAUCGUCGGCGACGGUGAUUGUGGCUACACUCUUCGUGACGGCGCAAAACAAGUCCUUAAGUUCAUUGCGAACAAGGAUCUCUCGGAGUUGCCUCAAACCCUGAGCGAGCUUGUACGUGACCUCGAAGUCAACAUGGGAGGCACGUCUGGAGCAUUGUAUUGUAUCUUUUUGACCUCGCUAUCUUCGGCAUUGGCUUCGACGGAAUCUGUGGCGGCGGCGUUGUCGGUCGCUUUGGAUCAGUUGCUAAACUAUACACGAGCAAGACUGGGCGACAGAACAAUGUUGGAUUGUCUCAUUCCCUUUGUCGAGACACUCAAGUCGAGUGGAGAUGUCGAUAAAGCUCUUGUGGAAGCAGAAAAGGGAGUGGAAAGUACAAAGAACCUCGAGGCCAAGCUUGGGCGAAGUACCUAUCUGGACGAGAGUGCAACCAAAGGAGUGCCGGAUCCUGGUGCUUAUGGCUUGCUUGUGUUGCUGAAAGGGAUGAGUGUGAGUGAACAGUAG